AUGAGACAUUAUGUGAAUAACCAGAAUAGUACAAACUCUCUCCAUUGCGUUUUCUUAGAUGAAACGUGGAUAUUUGCCCAAGGGAUGGUUUAAACGAGUCUGGCAAGAUAGAAACGUAAAGAAUUGAAAAGCGGCCAUCAGGGUACCGGCAAGCGGUAUGUUGUUUUCCAUGCUGGAACCAAAAACGAUUUCUUGAAAGAUACUUCAUUGUUAUUUGCUACAAUAUCAAAAAGUGCUGACUACCACGAUUCCAUGGACAACGAUUCUGUGUAUGUGAGAAUAUGCAAGUUUGGGCGACCCUGCACAUGUGUAAGAAUUGUAAGAGCGCGAUCAAAGGGAAUCAUGCUGUUAGCAGCUUGCAGAAUAAUUUGACAGGUGAGACUGGGAUAGUGCUAACCGUCAAGCCUGUUUUGUCAAUCACAAUAGUCCCAAAGCUAGAACAAGUAACUGCUCACUUAUCAAAAAGGUCUUAUAUUUCAAUUAAAAUUGCU